GAGGAGAGAGAGAGAGCAAGCGUGAGAGAGAGGCAGGGAAUUAGUAUUCCGAGCACAGGGCGGGAAGCUGAGAGCGAGCAUCCAGCUAGGAAGGAGGAGGAGGAGGCUUAGGAAUAUUAGAGCGAACAGGAGGGCUGCCAUCAUUUGCUCUAUUUCGCUUCUUCCACGCCAGAUUGUCCCGGCUCCUGUGCAUAUGUGAGUGAGAGAACGAGAAGGGGGACAAAACACCAGGAAUGCUCCUUUCCUCUCGGUCAGGCAUUUUACCUGACGUGACGGCGGCGAGCGACGACGUUUCACGGGGAUGUCAAGAAAGAAUCCUUCCAGGAAGUCAGUGCUGAUUGGCUGAAAGUUUUCGGCCUGAAGACUAAAAAGCAAGCUACUUGUUUUGCUCUUUACGGACGUGACAACAUGCUAAAGCGAAAGUGAGUCGAGGGCGUCCGUCAGUCCUUCAUGGGCCUGUCAUUCCAGUCUGCGUGAUCCGGCCCCGAAGUUCCCGGGCCGAACCCCUUUUCUCCUCAACUUCCGGACAAGGGGGGGGCAGGCGGCAGGCGCCGCGAUUGGCCGAGUGCGGGCAAGAGUGCGAUGCGGAUUGGAGGAUGUCGGGCGACUGGGAUGAAGACCUGUGCAAGAAGGCGCUGAUGCUGGUGGAGGAGCUUUGUUUCAACUCCCCACGUGGGUACAGCCAGAGUGAACUCUGCCAGGAGUUUAGCUACCUGCUCAGGGGGCGCAACAGACAGUUGGAUGCAGAGAUUUCCGUGAGCCUGCUGUCGGUGAUCGUUACCUUCUGCGGCAUUGUGCUGCUGUCGGUCUCGCUCUUCGUGUCGUGGAAGCUAUGCUGGCUGCCGUGGCGGGACAAGGAGGGCGGCGGCCUGAGCCUGACCUCGGGGCUCCUACCUGGGAGCACCGGGGUCCCGGGCGCCGCUCCAGGCUCCUCCUUCCUUCCGCCACUGCUGCAAAGGAAGGAGGGACAGUCGUCCUCCUCGCUCUACCCGUCGCUGGGCCAGCACCACCCACACUUCUCCGACCUGGCCGGCCUGGAGAGGGGCGACGGCCCGGGCGUUGGCGGCGUGGUGGGCGGCCCGCAUGAGACCCAGGAGCACUCCUACCUGGACAUGGACUCGUAUCCCAACAAUGCCGGGACGCUAAAGCUGAGCCAAACAUCUCCAGAUGUGCCCAACUCCGAAGGUGGCGGCGCUCACCCCCAUAAAGACCUGCCCAACGCCGUUUCCCAGCAGCAGGUCACCGCCCGACCCAAACCCAUGACUCACCAGCUAUCCAGUCCCGACUUCCACGGCGAGGAGAAGGAGCAGGUGACCAGCAUCGGCCAAAUCAAACCCGAGCUGUACCGGCCCAAAGGGGACCAAGGCGAUGGCAAGCAGGGCGAAGCCUGCGGCAAGAUCAGCUUCCUGCUGCGCUAUGCCUUCAACACGGAGCAGUUGGUGGUGAAGAUACUGAAGGCGUUGGAUCUACCCGCCAAGGACGCCAACGGCUUUUCUGACCCUUACGUCAAGAUCUACCUGCUGCCUGAUCGCAAGAAGAAGUUCCAGACUAAGGUGCACAGAAAGACUCUUAACCCCGUGUUCAACGAGACAUUCCAGUUCGGCGUGCCUCUUAAUGAGCUUCACUCCCGCAAGCUUCACUUCUCCGUCUACGACUUUGACCGCUUCUCGCGCCACGACCUGAUUGGACAAGUGGUGGUGGACAACCUGCUGGACUUCAGCGAGGGCAGCGGAGACAAACCCGUGUGGAGGGACAUUAUUGAGGGCACGGCGGAGAAAGCCGACCUCGGGGAGCUCAACUUUUCGCUGUGUUACCUGCCCACAGCUGGCAGACUCACAGCCACUGUCAUCAAGGCCACCAACCUUAAAGCCAUGGACCUGACCGGUUUCUCAGACCCUUAUGUGAAGGCCUCACUGAUCUGUGACGGUCGCCGGCUGAAGAAAAGGAAGACGUCCAUCAAAAAGAAUACGCUGAAUCCUACCUACAAUGAGGCACUAGUGUUCGACAUUCCCAACGAGAAUAUUGAGAGCGUGUCCAUUGUCAUUGCCGUGAUGGACUAUGACUGCAUCGGUCAUAAUGAGGUGAUAGGAAUGUGCCGCGUUGGCAGCGAUGCAGACGGCCCAGGAAGGGAGCACUGGACAGCCAUGUUGGCCAAUCCACGCAAGCCAAUAGAACACUGGCAUCAGCUGGUGGAGGAAAAAGCAAUCGGAACGUUUGUGUCAACAAAGGGCGAAGCGUCACCGUCGUCCAAGCCGCAUAUCGUGGUGGACAGUCCUCACUCUGAUUAAAUGGGUCCACACAGUCUCUCCACCUCCAGACUUUUCCUUUUUCCUCUCAUCUGUGAAUACAUCUUUUUCCAUCAAAGAGAGACUCGCAGAUACACUCGACAUUUUGGCGCUCCAGCUCAAUCUGUCGACGGAUGAAAAAACGUAACCACGCGGCAGCUGAGACAACACACCAACAUGCAAUUGGUUUGCUGUAUGUGUGUACUUGACGUGUAGUAUUUGAUCUAGGAGGCGUGUGAUGUGAUAAACUCUUUAGAAAAAAGAAAAAAAAUUAAGCCAUUCGAAGCAGUCACCUGGAGCAGGACCAAAAGCUCUUGUACAGACUGUCAGAGAAGAAGAUGUACCGUAUCUUACAAGGUAGUUGGACUUGUUGGAUUCUCUGGGCCUUCCCAGCCUCUGAAGAAUUUGACAGUGCCCUCCAGAAGAAGGAGAAGCGACAUGGUCAUCAGUGAUGUAAGAGGAACCUGGACAGGACUGACUGUGGCGUGAGUGUAACCUUGUGUCGGUCUUCCUCAUGCUUCCCGUCGUCCUCAUGGCUAUUCUUUAAACAUUCCUAGGAUGGAGCAUUUUCUACCGGAAAUGCGAGUGACUCCAAACAAACUGUUGGACUUUUCAGUGGCGAAUGCAUCCCCACCAAAAAUAGGAUUUUUAUUUAGAGAUUUGCCGUCAUGAGCUUUAAAAUCAUCGAGUCACACACGUUACGUCUGUGUUUCCUUUAUCCGCGUGUGUUUCCGUGUCCGUGGGUGUGUUUGUUUUGUAUCUGUGUGUACGCGUGUAUGCCUGUGUGUCCUGGUGACCUUCUGUGCUCAUUGCCCCCAACGUCUUCUUCCGCAAGUCCUGUGUCACAUAGUCACGAGGAGCCAUGUUGUUGUGUAUACGCUAUCUGGUUGGCAGAACGUGGGCGUUCACCUGAACUGCAAUGUCAUAGAAAUUAUAAGUUGAGUCAGGGCUUGACAGUUGGGAUAUGGGUUAUAACUGCCUUGACUCCAACAAGAAUGUUUUUUCUAUGGAAGGGCUUCUGAUAAGGCUAGGGGUUUAACUCCAAAAAGGACAAGUAAUAUAACCUUUUACAUGGACUGCAACUUCACUCUGAUCUUCUUAAAAUUUGGUUUUGGCUCACAUAAAAAGAUGAGAAAAAAUCAAGGCACGCUUUUCCUAAAUAAUACAUUUUUUAGGUCAUCUUUUUUGGAGUUUUGGCUAGAGCUCUCAAAGACACAUUUUCCCACAUAAAUCCCAUAGAUUCAAGACUUGCAGGGGAGUUGUGAGGCUUCUUGGCAAAUAGCAGACGGUUAAAUUGACUUCACUUGUUAUCAGCAACUUAGUGUCUGGGGGGCAACUUAGUGAGAUGAUAGUGUCCAUCUGUCAUGUAAUGGCUGGAAGGAAGGGAGCCCUCUAAGGGGAGGCUCGGUUCAGAGUGGUGGAGUAUUUAUUUAUUUAUUUUUUCAGCAAUAGUCCUUCAGAGUGACUGCUUUGGAGCAUACUUGUCAGGGUAGAGGUUUUAGGACAAAACAUCUCAAUCAAGCAGAUGAGCCAAAAGUUCUAAUGUUGUCUCAGCUCUGAAACGUUACAGGCGUGAAUGCGAUAAAUCCAAUACCAGUAGGAUGAUGCCUAAUUUGGCUAGCGUCUUUCCUAUGACAGAACACUAAUGUAUAUGUUUUAGUGGCAAAAUAUGUCCUCCAAUGGCAGGAAUACUGUAUAUACCACUAUGUGGUCACGGAGCUCUUCCACACUGAUAACGAGGUGGUCUAAAGCGGCCACGCCAGUGUGAAGCCCCUGUCCACAUGGAAAACUGAUAUUGCAGUCCGUGUAAAACCAUUCUUUCUCCCCCAUUGGUCCACAUCAUCAAGCCCUUCCCCCUCUCUUUCAACCGGUGUCGUGUAACUCUAUCGUACUUGGCUUUUUUGUGUGCUGUGCGAAAACCUGGGUGAUGACAACAACAACAAAAAAACAUGCAAAAAAGUGUGUUUUAGACAGAAGCACUCAUCUUGGUAAUAAAAUGAAUGUCUGUGUGUGAGUGUGCGUCAUGUGACUUGUAGAUUAUGGAUCACCUUUGUCCGAGUGGAAAAGUUAUUGAUCUGGCAGUCCCGAGGCUCCGUGACUCCCCUCUUUUCUCUUCCUCUUGUCAGCUCAUUUUGACCCCACUUAUCCAGUGCGCUGCCACUUCAUCUGAACCACCCUCCUUUCAUCUUUUUCAUGACUCAUCUUUCCCGAUCCUCCAUCUUGGCCCUCACAUUGGCUGUCUUGUGUUGUCGUGAAUGGUCGCAUUGGAGGUCUGCAUGCUUCUCAAUUAACACGAAUGAUGUCAACUCGAUGCAAAAUGACAUAAGCGACGCUCGGAGCUACAAAAAAAAAAUAUAUAUAUAUAUCAAAUGAUGAACUUGUUACUAAUAUGACUAAUGAUCACAAAUGAUGAUACGUGGGGCAAAUGUGUGUUUUCUCUCUGUGUUGAAAUCAAGCUGCGUAUUUAUCAAUUUGGAUUAUUUUUUAAAUAAAGAGAAUUUAUUCACAAGUGUUUUUUUUCUAAGCUGGGGAGCAAUUGUUUCAGUCCUGGAAGAGUGAAGCAAUGCUAUUGGAAAUAAAAGAUCUGUAUCAUUAAGCUCUGUGGCAUCUGUGGCUU